AACAUGGACAUGUUGACAUAUGACAUACAUGCAUUGUCUCUCACUUGUGUACAAGGAAAUCAUUUCUUUGCCUCACAUAGCAGACUACUGUAUAUGGGCUGGGUUAAAAUGUGAUUUAACUUUGAAAGAAUAAGGUAAAAAUGCAAAAAAAGACAGUCUCUUGGCUUUUCAAGGUCGCUAUUAUUUUAUUUGUCAUCCAAGUAACAGCAACAGCAGCUGGUCUCUCAAAUGAAUCAUCUGACUAUUCCUGCCAAAUAGUCUUCACUAAAUCAACAGGCUCUUUAAGCGAUGACCAAAUUCCGUUUGAUACAUGGACAGUCUCAAAUGAUGCAAAGACUUCCACAUUUACAACACCUGUCACACCAAAGGCAACGUUAACAAUCAAGUCAAGUGAUGUCCCCACUGCCUCAAUUACAUCAAUGUUCACUUCAAGUGAUGUCAUAAUUCUCGCUACAACAUCAACAGUAAUAUCGAAUGAAGUCAUAACGCCCUCAGCACUCCAUAUUGUCCCUUCAACCGAUGCCAGUACUCUCUCAAAUACAUUGACCUCUCUCAAAUACAUUGAUGCCUCAACUACCAGUCAGAGCUCAAUGGGAGACAUCGUUUCUGCAUCAGCCCUCACAACAUCAACAGCUACUUCAACUGAUGCUCCCUCAAUUACCAUUGUUUUAAAUAAUGCCAAUACUCCUCAUAGUACACUCACAGUCCCUUCAAGUGAUGUCAACAAUCCCUCAACUACAUCAACAGCCACUUCAAACGAUGCCUUAAUGUCUUCUAUUUUUUCUACAGUCACUUUAAGUGAUUCUACUACUUUAUCUACUUCAAUGACAGGCUCUAUAAGUGACGUUCCAGCAAACACUUCAGUGAAAAACACUAUUGUCAGAUGUGUAUCAGGUGCUGUUGUAAAUGCCAUUAGGCUGGAAAAUGUUACUAGUCAGGUUAUCACUGCAAGUUGGAUGGGCAUCAACCUGAAUCAAGAAAUUCAGUACACAGUGAAGUUGGUGUCUUAUUCAUCCUCAAUCCAGAACGAGACCUCAGUCACCAAAGCUGUUUUCUUAGACCUUACUCCAGCAACCAUGUACACUCUCACUAUUGAGUACUUAUCCUGUGGCGUCAAGAAAAACAUUUCAAUAGACGUAGUCACAACUGGAAAAGUCUAUGAUUGUUCCACUCGAAUUCCAGGCGGAGAGUUUUUGUCUGAUUAUUUAAAUCAAUCCAGCAGCCUUUAUAAAGACUUUGUGACCAACUUCACCAUGCAGGUUGUAAAUAAUCUCCCAGAACAGUACCAAGACCUUAUCAAGACUCAACAAAUGAUGGUGGUUGUGAGAGCUGUUCGCAAUGGAAGUCUGAUUGUUGACUUUGAUCUAUUCGUUGCUUCGGUGGUCAACUUAUCAACCUCUGCCGUGCAGAUCAGUGUCAUCAAUGCCUUAAACAGAUCUGCACUCGGAGUAGAUCACAAUAGCACCUUUGUUAAAGAUGCAGAUCUUUGUCAAAGAGGAAAUUACGCAUGCUCACAAAAUGCCAGUUGUGUCACAGAGGGACCUUCAUAUUCAUGUAACUGUCAGGCGGGAUUCUAUGACAUAAACCCAGUGGUGCCUGGUACUGACUGCAUGAGCAUAUCAGUGGAUGCCACCACUACUGCAACAGCAUCAACAGUCUCACCAAGUGAUGCCACCACUGCCUCAAUUACAUCAACAGUCUCUCCAAGUGAUGCCACCACUGCCUCAAUUACAUCAACAGUCUCUCCAAGUGAUGCCACCACUGCCUUAACUACAUCAACAGUCUCUCCAAAGGAUGCCACCACUGACUCAACUACAUCAACAGUCUCGCCAAGUGAUGCCACCACUGCAUCAAUUACAUCAACAGUCUCCUCAAGUGAUGCCACCACUGCCAUAACUAGAUCAAAAGUCUCUCCAAGGGAUGCCACCACUGACUCAACUGCAUCAACAGUCUCUCCAAGUGAUGACUCCACUGCCUCAACUACAUCAACAGUCUCUCCAAGUGAUACCACCACUGACUCAACUACAUCAACAGUCUCUCCAAGUGAUGCCACCACUGCCUUAACUACAUCAACAGUCUCUCCAAAGGAUGCCACCACUGACUCAACUACACCAAUAGUCUUUCCAAGUGAUGCCACCACUGACUCAACUACAUCAACAGUCUCUCCAAGUGAUGACUCCACUGCCUCAACUACAUCAACAGUCUCUCCAAGUGUUGCCACCACUGACUCAACUACAUCAACAGUCUCUCCAAAGGAUUCCACCACUGACUCAACUGCAUCAACAGUCUCUCCAAGAGAUGCCACCACUGCCUCAACUACAUCAACAGGCUCUCCAAGUGAUGCCACCACUGACUCAACUACAUCAACAAUCUCUCCAAGUGAUGCCACCACUGACUCAACUGCAUCAACAGUCUCUCCAAGUGAUGCCACCACUGACUCAACAACAUCAACAGUUUCACCUAGUGAUGCCAACACUGCCUCAUUUACAUCAACAGUCUCUCCAAGUGAUACCACCACUGCCUUAACGAGAUCAACAGUCUCUCCAACGGAUGGCACCACUAAUUCAACUGCAUCAACAGUCUCUCCAAGUGAUGCCACCACUGCCUUAACUGCAUCAACAGUCUCUCCAAGAGAUGCCACCACUGCCUCAACUGCAUCAACAGUCUCUCCAAGUGUUGCCACCACUGACUCAACUACAUUGACAGUCUCUCCAAAGGAUGCCACCACUGACUCAACUGCAUCAACAGUCUCUCCAAGUGAUGCCACCACUGACUCAACUACAUCAACAGUCUCUCCAAGUGAUGCCACCACUGACUCAAUUACAUCAACAGUCUCUCCAAGUGAUGCCACCACUGACUCAACUACAUCAACAGUCUCUCCAAGUGAUGCCACAACUGCCUCAAUUACAUCAACUGUCUCUCCAAGGGAUGCCACCACUGCCUCAUCUACAUCAACAGUCUCUCUUAGUGAUGCAACCCCUGCCUUAACUACACCAACAAUCUCUUCAAGUGAUGCCACCACUGACUCAACUACACCAACAGUCUCGCUAAGUGAUGCCACCACUGCUUCAAGUACACCAACAGUCUCUUUAAGUGAUGCAACCACUGCCUUAACUACAUCAACAGUCUCUCCAAAGGAUGCCACCACUGACUCAACUGCAUCAACAGUCUCUCCAAAGGAUGCCACCACUGACUCAACUGCAUCAACAGUCUCUCCAAAGGAUGCCACCACUGCCUCAACUACAUCAACAGUCUCUCCAAGUGAUACCACCACUGACUCAACUACAUCAACAGUCUCUCCAAGUGAUCCCACCACUGACUCAACUACAUCAACAGUCUCACCUAGUGAUGCCACCACUGCCUCAUUUACAUCAACAGUCUUUCCUAGUGAUGCCACCACUGCCUCAUUUACAUCAACAGUCUCUCCUAGUGAUGCCACCACUGCCUCAAUCACAUCAACUGUCUCUCCAAGUGAUGCCACCACUGCUUCAACUACACCAACAGUCUCUCUAAGUGAUGCAACCACUGCCUUAACUACAUCAACAGUCUCUCCAAAGGAUGCCACCACUGACUCAACUGCAUCAACAGUCUCUCCAAAGGAUGCCACCACUGCCUCAACUGCAUCAACAGUCUCUCCAAAGGAUGCCAUCACUGCCUCAACUACAUCAACAGUCUCUUCAAGUGAUGCCACCACUGCUUCAACUACAUCAACAGUUUAUCUAAGUGAUACAACCACUGCCUUAACUACAUCAACAGUCUCUCCAAGUGAUGCCACCACUGCCUUAACUUCAUCAACAGUCUCACCAAAGGAUGCCACCACCGACUCAACUACAUCAACAGUCUCUCCAAGUGAUGCCACAACUGCCUCAAUUACAUCAAAAGUCUCUCCAAGGGAUGCCACCACUGCCUCAACUACAUCAACAGUCUUUCUAAGUGAUGCAACCACUGCCUUAACUACACCAACAAUCUCUCCAAGUGAUGCCACCACUGACUCAACUACAUCACAAGUCUCGAUAAGUGAUGCCACCACUGCCUCAAUUACAUCAACUGUCUCUCCAAGUGAUGCCACCACUGCUUCAACUACAUCAACAGUCUCUCUAAGUGAUGCAACCACUGCCUUAACUACAUCAACAGUCUCUCCAAGUGAUGCCACCACUGCCUCAAUUACAUCAACAGUCUCUCCAAGUGAUGCCACCACUGCUUCAACUAUAUCAACAGACUCUCUAAGUGAUGCAACCACUGCCGUAACUACAUCCACAGUCUCUCCAAAGGAUGCCACCACUGACUCAACUGCAUCAACAGUCUCUCCAAAGGAUGCCACCACUGACUCAACUAAAUCAACAGUCUCUCUAAGUGAUGCCACCACUGACUCAACUACAUCAACAGUCUCUCCAAGUGAUGCCACCACUGCCCUAACUACAUCAACAGUCUCUCCAAAGGAUGCCACCACUGACUCAACUACACCAACAGUCUCUCCAAGUGAUGCCACAACUUACUCAACUACAUCAACAGUCUCUCCAAGUGAAGUCAUUAGUCCCUUUACCUCGUUGACGUUCACGUCAAGUGAUAACUCCACUACCCGUCAGAGCUCAAUGGGAGACAUUGUUUCUGCAUCAGCCCCCACAGCAUCAACAGCUACUUCGAGUGUUGCCAUCUCUUCCUUAACUCUUUCCACAGUCUCAUCAAGUGAUGUAACCCCUCCCUCAAAUAUAUUGCCGGUCUCUUCAGUUGAUGCCAGAACUUCCCCUGCUCUGUCUAGAGUCACUUCAACUGAUACCACCACUUCAGGUGAUGUCAUCACUUCCUCUAUGACAUUGACAGUCACUUCAAGUGAUGCCUCUAGAAGAAAUCAGACCUCAAUGGGAGAAACUCUUACUGCAACAGCUCCCACAAUAUCAACAGUCCCUUCAACUGAUGCUCCCUCAAAUACCGUUGUUUUAAAUGAUGCCAAAACUUCUCAUAGUACAAUCACAGUCCCUUCAAGUGAUGCCAACAAUCCCUCAACUACAUCAACAGCCACUUCAAACGAUGCCUUAAUGUCUUCUAUUCUUUCUACAGUCACUUUAAGUGAUUCUACUACUUUAUCUACUUCAAUGACAGGCUCUACAAAUGAUGUUCCAGCAAACACUUCAGUGAAAAACACUACUGUCAGAUGUGUAUCAAGUGCUGUUGUAAAUGCCAUUAGGCUGGAAAAUGUUACUAAUCAGGUUAUCACUGCAAGUUGGAUGGGCAUCAACCUGAAUCAAGAAAUUCAGUACACAGUGAAGUUGGUGUCUUAUUCAUCCUCAAUCCAGAACGAGACCUCAGUCACCAAAGCUGUUUUCUUAGACCUUACUCCAGCAACCAUGUACACUCUCACUAUUGAGUACUUAUCCUGUGGCGUCAAGAAAAACAUUUCAAUAGACGUAGUCACAACUGGAAAGGUCUAUGAAUGUUCCACUCGAAUUCCGAGUGGAGAGUUUUUCUCUGAUUAUUUAAAUCAAUCCAGCAGCCUUUAUAAAGACUUUGUGAUCAAUUUCACCAUCCAGGUUGUAAAUAAUCUCCCAAAACAAUACCAGGACCUUAUAAGUGCUCAACAAAUGAUGGUGAUUGUGAGAGAUGUUCGCCAAGGAAGUGUGAUCGUUGACUUUGAUCUGGUGACUGCUUUCGAUGUUAACCUAUCAACGUCUGAUGUCAGGACGAGUGUCAUCAAUGCCCUGAACUUAUCUACACUCAGAGUAGAUCUCAAUAGUACCCAUGUUCAAGAUGCAGAUCUUUGCCAAAGAGGAAUUUACGCAUGCUCACAAAAUGCCAGUUGUGUCACAGAGGGACCUUCAUAUUCAUGUAACUGUAAGGCGGGAUUCAAUGACAUAAACCCAGUGGUGCCUGGUACUGACUGCAUGAUCAUAUCAGUGGAUGCCACCACUGACUCAACUGCAUCAACAGUCUCUCCAAGUGAUGCAACCACUGCCUUAACUACAUCAACAGUCUCUCCAAGUGAUGCCACCACUGCCUCAAUUACAUCAACAGUCUCUCCAAGUGAUGCCACCACUGCCUCAAUUACAUCAAUAGUCUCUCCAAGUGAUGCCACCACUGACUCAACUCCAUCAACAGUCUCUCCAAGUGAUGCCACCACUGCCUCAACUACAUCAACAGUCUCUCCAAGUUAUGCCACCACUGACUCAACUGCAUCAACAGUCUCUCCAAGUGAUGCCACCACUGCCUCAACUACAUCAACAGUCUCUCCAAGUGAUGCCACCACUGCCUUAACUACAUCAACAGUCUCUCCAAAGGAUGUCAUUAGUCCCUCUACCUCGUUGACGUUCACUUCAAGUGAUAGCUCCACUACCCUUCAGACCUCAAUGGGAGACAUUGUUUCUGCAUCAGCCCCCACAACAUCAGCAGCUACUUCAAGUGUUGCCAUCUCUUCCUUUAGGAUAUCGGCAGUUUCCUCAAGUGAUGUCACCUAUCUCUCAACUAGAUUGCCAGUCUCUUCAAUUGAUGCCAGAACUUCCUCUGCACCUUCUAGAGUCAUUUCAACUGAUACCACCAUUUCAAGUGAUGUCAUCACUUCCUCUAAGAUUUCGACAGUCACCUCGAGUGAUUCUUCAUCUACCAGCCAAUCCUCACUGGGAAGCACUGUUUUGACAACAGUCUUCACCAAUGCAUCCAUAGAAACUAAAGUCCCAACAAUAUUAACAGUGAUUUCAACUGAUGCCACCAUUCCUCCUUCUACAUCAACAGUCUCUUCAAAUAGUGUUUCCUCAUCUACAUCAGUACAUCCAAUUAAUGUCAAAACAACUUCCCAGACAUCCUCUUCAAUUCAGAAUCUGUCGUAUACAUAUUCAGUAACUUCAAGUGAUGCCUCCAAUUCCAGUCAAACCUCAGUGAGAAGCAUUGAUUCAUCAACUGCCACAAUAAACACUAAUGCAUCCAUAGAGACUUUAGCCCCCUUGACAUCAACAGUGAAUUCAAGUGAUUCCAAUACUCCUUCUAUAUCUUCUACAGUAAUUUCCAAUGCCACAUCUCCCUAUUCGACAUUGAUAGUCACUGCAAGUUAUGCCACCACUCCCUUUGCUAGAUCACAAGUAACAAGUCUGGCCACCACUCUAAGACCAACUCCUUCCUCAUCCAGUGCUACUCCAGUGACGACAAGACCAGAAACAACCUCAACUGCAGUCCCAGUAAUCAAUUCUUCAGACACCUCACUUGGAACCGUAUCAAGAGACACCACUUUGGUGACUACUGUCCAAAAUACUUUUACAGGAUGUGGUGCUGUAGUGAAUGCCAUCCGGCUAGAAAAUAUCACUAGCCAGGUUAUCAUUGUGAGUUGGAUGGGAAUCAACCUGAAUCAAGAAAUUCAGUACAUAGUGAAGUUGGUGUCUUAUUCAUCCUCAAUCCAGAACGAGACCUCAGUCACCAAAGCUGUUUUCUCAGACCUUACUCCAGCAACCAUGUACACUCUCACUAUUGAGUACUUAUCCUGUGGCGUCAAGAAAAACAUUUCAAUAGACGUAGUCACAACUGGAAAGGUCUAUGAAUGUUCCACUCGAAUUCCGAGUGGAGAGUUUUUCUCUGAUUAUUUAAAUCAAUCCAGCAGCCUUUAUAAAGACUUUGUGAUCAAUUUCACCAUCCAGGUUGAGACUAAUCUCCCAAAACAAUACCAGGACCUUAUAAGUGCUCAACAAAUGAUGGUGAUUGUGAGAGAUGUUCGCCAAGGAAGUGUGAUCGUUGACUUUGAUCUGGUGACUGCUUUCGAUGUUAACCUAUCAACGUCUGAUGUCAGGACGAGUGUCAUCAAUGCCCUGAACUUAUCUACACUCAGAGUAGAUCUCAAUAGUACCCAUGUUCAAGAUGCAAAUCUCUGCCAACGAGGAAAUUACGCAUGCUCACAAAAUGCCAGUUGUGUCACAGAGGGACCUUCAUAUUCCUGUAAAUGUCAGGUGGGAUUGUACAGUGAAAACCCUGCCUUGCCUGGUACUGCCUGCAUGAUCACUUCAAGUAAUGCCACCACUCCCUCAACUUCAUUCACAGUCUCUUCAAGUGAUGCCAUAACUCUCCCUGCUCCAUCAACAGUCACUUCAGGAGUUCCCCAAAUAUCAAUGGCCCCAGCUGAAGGCUGGAAAGUAGCAACCAUAGUCCUUGGAGUUCUGCUGGGCUUCAUUUUGUUAGUUGUGGUUUUUGCUUUGAUCAUGACUGCACUGAGAUCAACUAACAGGAUCAUGUCAUACAACAUCCAUCAGCCAGAGGACAACAUACAGGUGGUGUCCACUGACUACAUACAUAAACACUAUUCUAACUGUGUGUAGUUUCCAUUUUGUCCCUCAAGAAAAGGGGAUAACAUUUUUUUUUGGGUGAAAACAUUUACUAUUAGACUUUUGGACCCCUGAAGGGCUAGUAUUUGUGUAUGCAACUAAGCUAAGUGGAUUUUGGCUUUCUUUCUUAAUUUGACUAAUGUAAAGGUGAA